AUGGAGCCUUUUCUCAAGACAGUGGGCAACCUCCUCCCAUAUCAUCUUCUCUCUUAUGGUGCACUCCUCGGAACAGAGCUCUAUCAGAGCUUUGUCAACACAAGGAUAUGCUACCAAGCCUUGCCAAUGAAGGAGUUUAUUGUUCUCCAAAAGCGCCUUUUCCCCAUCUAUUUUGGAACGCAGGUCGGACUCACAGCGCUGACCGCAGCAACACACCCACCGUACAGUAUUUUGUCACUAGUCCAAGACCCAUGGAGUGCAGCUCCUCUUGCUGUCGUUGCUUUGACCGGAUGUCUGAAUUGGUUCAUAUAUGGGCCUCGCACGACCACUACAUCGUUGGUCAGGAGGGCUCUACAAGAAAGCGAGAACAAUGAGGCUGACUCCGAUGGGUCAAAGAUACUUCGGGCCAACCGCAACUUCGCGCGAAAUCACGCGAUGGCCAUCCAUUUGAAUGCCAUCGCCAUGAUAGCCACCGUUGUCUACGGAUUCUCGCUAUCUGCUACGCUGAUGGCAGGAAUCUAG